GGGGUGGGGUUUGCAGUUAACGCUGAUUUGAUAGGUUUUUUAAAUAAGCAAUCAUCCGACUAGCCUUUUAACACACAUAUCUUAGACUGGGGUUCAGCGUUAUGAUUGCUACUAUACAGAUAAUGUGCAGGAUGAAAAACGUAAAUAUUAGAGAGUUUCUUUGUCACGGACUUCCGCACUACAGUGGUUCGGAGUAUUUGUAGUUCUGGUCCUACGAGUUCAGAGAUGGAGAACAAUCAGGAGUCCAAAGAAAGCACGGAACGGUCCGACCUGGUUUCUGAGGACGGCAAGAACAUCAAGGAUGUGGUGUGUCAGCGCUGCGGAUCUAAGGUGUUGUGCCCCGGGAUGGCUGUGUUUGCAGAGAAGGAGCUGUUCCUCCCAUCCAUGCGGAAAAAGAGCGGCCUCAGCACCACAGAGGGCUCAGUGGACGGGGACACUCUGACCACCCACUGGUUUGUGGACGACAUGUACACUUUUGAGAAUGUGGGCUUCACUAAGGAUGUGGGGAGAAUCAAGUAUCUCAUCUGUGCAGAUUGUGAGAUUGGUCCAAUCGGCUGGCACUCUUUGGAUGACAAGAAGAGUUUCUAUGUCGCUUUGGAAAGGGUGAAUCAUGUAUAGUCUAAAAUGCAUAUGAGCACACAUGAACUUUAAAAAUGUGCUGGCAAGCUAUUCAUUUUCAUGGAUGUAAUCUAUUACACAAACUCACUUAUAUACACUGGUGUGUGUACAUUGUUUAUGAUUACUGAUGGUGACACUAUCAUUAUCCUCAAUCACACUUGACAGUGUGAUUAUCUUGUUCUAAUAAAGAUGUUUUCGGCAA